UAGGAUCAUCUCAGAGGUUGCCUUCCCAUGGUUAUCCAUUAGAACAUCCAUACAACAAAGAUGGUUAUCGUUAUGUAUUGGCAGAGACUGAUCCACAUGCUCCAAGUGCUGCAUUUGAUUUAGAUCACUGGGCUGGAAAACCCAUUCCUGCACAUUUAUACAGAGCAUCAUUAUCAUCUGAGGUUUUGUUAGCUUUACAUGAUAGAGCCCCGCAACUGAAGAUAUCUGAAGAUCGCUUAGCUGUGACUGGUGACAAAGGUUAUUCUAUGGUCCGAGCAACACACGGUGUGUCAAGGAAUUCGUGGUAUUGGGAAGCUACAAUAGAAGAUUUACCGCCCGAAUCUGCCACUCGCAUAGGUUGGGCUCAGAGUUUAGGUAAUUUACAAGCACCUCUUGGUUAUGAUAAAUUUAGCUAUUCAUGGCGGAGUAAAAAAGGCACAUUAUUCCAUCAAAGUAGAGGAAAACAUUACAGUGAUGGCUACUCACAAGGAGAUACGCUGGGAUUUUAUAUAUCUUUACCUGAAGUAUGUGAACCAGAAAAA